UUAUUUCCGCCGUCACGGUUUGCGCAUGCGCAAAAGAUCUAGUUAGCUUUGGCCGUCAGGGCGGCAGCAGUUAGCCUUAGUUCAGCUUGUAGGUAAACAUGGCGGUAGAGAAGCGCCUAGCGUUCUCUAUCGUACAGUUCCUACGAGAUCAGACGCAUGGCGGAACUUUGAAUUCUGAUGAGCAGGAGAGCCUGGAAGUUGCCAUCCAAUGUUUGGAGACCACCUUUAAGAUCGGCGCCAGCGACUGUCAUCUGGCAGCGCCGCAGCCCCUCAUGGAAGUGUUCCUCAAUUCACUGCUCAAGAACGACAUCAUGACAUUACCGACGACCUCGCCGUCUCCAGAAGAUGCUGAACGAGCUGAGCAGCUGAAGAAUGAAGGGAACAACCACAUGAAGGAGGAGAACUACCGAUGUGCAGUGGAGUGCUACACCAAGGCCAUCGAGCUGGACCUGAGGAAUGCAGUCUAUUACUGCAACAGGGCGGCUGCUCACAGUAAACUGGGGAACUACACGGAGGCAACCGGUGACUGCGAGCGAGCCAUCGCGAUCGACCCCAGCUACAGCAAAGCGUACGGCAGGAUGGGCCUGGCGUUGACGGCCAUGAACAAAUACCCCGAGGCCAUUUCUUAUUUCCAGAAAGCGCUGGUGCUGGACCCCGACAACGACACGUACAAGUCCAACCUGAAGGUGGCAGAGCAGAAGCAGAAGGAAGUGAGCAGUCCAAUUGCUGCUGGAUUGGGAUUUGACAUGGCCAGUUUAAUCAACAACCCCGCCUUCAUCAGCAUGGCAGCCAGUGUGAUGCAGAACCAACAAGUCCAGCAGCUCAUGUCAGGAAUGAUGUCCAAUGCUGUGGGCGGACCGGCGGCUGGAGUGGGCGGACUGUCGGACAUUUCCAGUUUGAUUGAAGCGGGGCAGCAGUUUGCCCAGCAGAUCCAGCAGCAGAACCCCGAGCUGAUCGAGCAGCUACGGAACCACAUCAGGAGCCGCUCCUUCAGCGGCAGCGCCGAGGAGCACUCGUGAUCCGCUCAGAUGGCAGAGGAGUCCGACGCCAAGCUGAUCCCGCCCAGGCUGGACCCGAGAGAUGACUGUGAACAAAACAUGCGACACACAUGAGUGACUUGUUAUCUUCAGAGUGGUCCAAACGCUUCUUCUGGUACUCGUGACGUCAUGUCCGCCAUGUUUGUUAUAGUCUCAUUCAACCCUCAGUGUUCACGCAUAGAAGACACUGUCACAUGGAAGAAUGUUGGACAUUCUCUCUCACGCUAGUGAAUGAUGAGAUGUCUCCAAACUGUUGACCGGUACUGUUUAAAGAAAUACCACCAGGAGGCGGCCACAUUGCAUUGCAGUGAUAUCGGAGAUUAGCCUGGCGAGUGGCAUGAUUACGAUCUGCAUGUGCUUUGCAUAGAUGAGGUGGAACAUCCGGGCACUUUACCACGUGUCCCAUGUAAACAAGUAGCAGCGUCCGGGCUCUGUAUCUUUGUGGUUUGUGGGGGAGUUUUCACUCGUUUAGCUGAAGUCAUAUUGUGUGGCCUUAUGCCAAGGGUGUCCAAACUUUUUCCACCGAGGGUCGCAUACUGAAAAAUCAAAGAACGCGGCGUCCACUUUAAUAUUUGACAUGUUGUAAACCACCCCAUGUAGAUAUUCUACAUUACGUAUAUAUACUUUAAGAAAUAACUGCAUAGUAUGAACUUUGGCACCUUACAUUUUUUCUUGCUUGUUUUUAUUUAUUUAUUUAUUUUAUUUGACAAAUAUUUCAGUUUUCUGCUCUUAUUUUUUUUUCGUAAUAUGACUUCAUUCUGAUAUUAUUUUCACUUUAUUCUUGUAAUAUUUUUAACUUUUUCCCAAACAAAUUUUCCAAAAAUUGUAACUUCAUUCUUGUUUUUUGUUUCUCGUAAUAUUGUGACUUUACAAAAAACUUCCAUCCAUCUUCUAGCGCUUAUCCGAGGUUGGGUCGUGGGGGCAGCAGCCUAAGCAGGGAAGCCCAGAUUUCCCUCUCCCCGGCCACUUCGUCCAGCUCCUCCCGCUGGCGUUCCCAGGCCAGUUGAGAGACAUAGUCUCGCCAACAUGUCCUGGGUCUUCCCCGAGGCCUUCUACUGGUCGGAUGUGGCCCAUGGCACAUUGUAGUAAUAAAAUUUAACCAAAAAGGAGAAAAAUAUAUUUUACGUAAUUGACUCAUUCAAUUCCAGCCAUUUUUCCCAGCCAACUCCUUCAGUACCGGCCAUUUUAGACUAUUUUUGACUGAUGUUUCAAGGCACACAGAGUAAUGUGUUCUAUGGUUAUAUAAACAUGGAACCUACCAAAAGAAAGUUAGACUCGCCUCUUUCAUUAGCAAAAAGUUUGUUCUACCUUUUUCCAUUAUUUAGUAAUCAGCAGUAGAACAUAGGUAAGUUUCAGGAAAAUAUCAGUUGCCGACUUAGAAAAGGGAGAAAAAAACGUUUUGUGAACAGAUACAACUUUCACUUUGACACAAAUUUUUUGCUUUUGUGACGGCUCAAAUAUCGAAAUAACUAUACCACUAGAUAAACAACAUAAAAAAGGUUGUUUUACAUGAAAAUAACAAUUUUUUUACAAAUACAACACAAUUUCCACAUUUGCAAAUGAACUAUGUGUGUGCAUGCGUCACCCUCUGCACGCUACACCCCUCCACGUUCUUCCACUUCCUCCUUGCUGUCAUGUAUGUUUUUUCCAUUCAAAUUCACAUGCUGAGCGCUGAUCAAAUCCACUACUGCCACCUUGUGGCCGUUUUCAUGGCUUAAAACUGCUCUAAAAGUGACAUUAGUGUGCGGGUGUGUCAUCACCUCUUUUUGCCUCUCACGCAAAAAAAGCGUAAAAGACAUUUCGGAUCAGGCGUUCGGGUUUAUAAAAACGUAUAAAUACGUCUUUGGUAUUGAAUGACUUCAAAAAUGUGUAUGUGUAUAUAUAUAUAUAUAUAUAGCUUUUGGCUUGUAAGGCUAAUCUCGCUCGUGGUAUUAUUUCUUUAUGAAAAAGCUGCGAUGUAUAUGGUAUGUGAUGGUGUCUUGUAUCAUAUAACACUGAGGCUUCACAGUGGUCAUUCAACUCAGCCUACUAAACACGUGACUGACACACGUGUGUUGUUUGCAGCCUGCAUUGUGAUGUCAUUGCACUUUAGCACCAAUAAUAAAUAACAAGUACCACCGACCCCCUUUAAGACUGUAUUUAUGUGUUGACGAUGUCGUCAAAGUGUUAAGGUGGCUCCUCCUGCAUGCUUUUAAAUCUGGAAUUUGGCAUCAGAUGCUGUAUGGAAACAAUUAGCACUGCUGGGCCAGGAAGACGCUUCCUCCAAUCACUUGUCCAAAUAAACAAUAAAUGUCCUGGAAUUUAACUCA